UCCCCAGCUGGUGUUCUUGAGUAUUCUGGUUUGAUAAACAGUUUCAAGUCCGUGGAAGUUCCUGAUUAAAAAGUUCACGCAUUAUAUUAUAAAUGGAUGGUUGUGGGGUGUCCGGUAGACAUUCGGGCAAACGUGGUUUUAAUUUGGGAAGGCGAUUUUGCAGGCAGUUUGUAAACGGCUCAUGCAGGUUUGGUCAGCGCUGUUCUUAUCUGCAUGAGUAUCCUGAAGUGCCUUCAGUUCAAGUGUGCAGGUACUUCCAGAAAGGAGGUUGCUGGUUUGGAGAAAACUGCAGGUAUCUUCAUAUUUCUGGUCCAGACAAUGGGUCUUCUGGUGCCAGGCGUGGUUCAGCACCUGUAGUUAAUGCUUCUGCAUUGCCAGGUCAUGGUUUAUCUGAUCGACGGGGUUCUGAGCCUUCACUUUUCCCUGUGCUGGAUGCAUACAGCUGGAGACGGCGACGAGGGUCUGAACCCUUGGUCACGAGUUUAAGCUUCCAGCAGACUUCACAACACCCAACUACAGAUAUUGCUGAGGAGGAAGAGCAUGCUGUGUUGGAAGCAGGGUCUAUACUUCACCAGCAGGAGGAGGGGUUGCAGCCACAGGAAAGUCAUGACCAGGGUCUGUAUCACUUACCCUGCAAUAGUGCAGACAAAUCCACAGUUAAUGCUGCAUCUAAUGUUCAAGAGAAAACUGAUCCUAAAACAAACCAGCAGGAGAGUGGUGGGCUGGAGAGUGGUGCAACAGCUUCAGUUGAUCAUGGGCUAUCUGAAGCCUACAAUCAAAGCAAAGAUGUCUUCUGUGGUAUCUGCAUGGACAAGGUUUAUGAAAAAAGCACCAUGCGAGAGAGGCGCUUUGGAAUCCUGCCCAACUGCAGUCAUGCCUUCUGUCUUGGCUGCAUCAUGACCUGGAGAAAGACCAAAGAUUUUCAGGAAGAGGUCAUAAAAGCCUGUCCACAGUGUAGAGUGAAGUCCUCCUUUUAUAUUCCCAGUAAGUACUGGGUUUGUGAGGGUGAGGCGAAGGAAACACUGAUUUCUUCAUUUAAAGAAAAGAGCAGUAAAAUAAAGUGCAACUUCUUCAUGCGUCAUGGAUGCUGCCCCUUUGGAUCAGAGUGCAUCUUCAGCCAUGAGCUACCACCUGGACACAGACCUCCUCGUAGAUGUUUUAGACCCAAGAAUGCUUUGGAGUUGCUGGAGGAUAUGGGUAGUGAGGACCAGCGGCUAUUAAGCUACCUCCUUGCCCUGACCCUUUUGGAUGAUGAGGACUUUGAUUUUAUUCAAUUUGAGCUUGCUUGAUACACAGGCAAGGCUUUGAAUACUUCAUGGAUACUGGGCCCUGGACAUCACUAUCUUCUGUAAUUGAGGGGUUUUUUUUUGUUUGUUUGUUUUUUUUGUACCAUUAACAGUCUGAAGCAUGGUGUAUAUGGACCUCUUGCCUCCCAAUACACUAACCUGCUUGAGCCACUGUCUAAUUUUCAGCCUCCAUCUGGCUUUUGAUUACAAUGUUACUGGCAUUUUGUUUGGAGCACAUUUUGAAAGGGUAGCUCUCCUUUUCUCUUGGUGGCCAGGUUUAAAGUAUUUUGUAACUUCAUGAAAAGGUUAAAUAAUUGUACUUGUUUGUGUAUGGUAUUUGGAAUCUCCUCAAUGAGUGCCUCAUGGUAAUAUUUGUACAUUACUGCAAGAAUAUUUUAAUGAUGUGAGUCUUCAGUUUUAUUUUUGUAAGUUGGGGAGGCACAACUCCAGUCUUGGAUAGCUGGGUCAGCAUAAUCUAAUUUGCCUGAUCACACAUGUGAUUACCAGUUAAUGUGGAGUAAAUUCAAACUGUACUGGAUUUCAGGAUCAGAGUUGGCAGCCUCUGGCUUGAAACCUGCCACUUGAGCCAUGUCUGUUACUCCUGUUAAACCAAACACUGCCUUUUUUUGUGUGUGUAUUUGAACCUUGCUUUAGCCUGAGAUUUCACUCAAAUGUAACCUGUUAACUAGCUGCUGGAAACUGUUAUACAUCACCUGUGCAAUAUACACCAAGACUUUGCAUCACAUUUUAUUACUUUUAAGUGUUUGCUCAAUUCAAAAAAAGAUAUAAUAAAGUGUUUGGCUUGCCUCA